AUGUCACUGACCACCGAAUUCCCUUCUAUAUCAACCAAAGCCAACCCUGGGCAGGCACCCGGUGGGCUAGGGAAGGGUCUCUUCGCAUCCACUAAUCUCAAAACCGGUGAAGAUGUCCUGAGCAUCCAAAACCCCUUUGUAGCGGUUCUUGAGACGCCAAGGCUAGACGAUACAUGCUCGGGAUGCUUUGGCAAGAGGCAAUUAGAGAAUGCGGAUGCGACUUUGAAAGCGUGUACGGGAUGUCAAGUGGUCGAAUACUGUGAUAGAACAUGUCAAUCUAAGGACUGGAAGGCCGCGCAUUCGCUGGAGUGUUCUAUUUACCAGAAGCUGAAACCUCGUGUCCUGCCUAUUAAUGCGAGAGCUAUCCUGCGCAUCGUCCUGCGCAGUCAGCGUCGGAAGUGCACGCCCCAGGAGAUGGACUUGUUUCUUCAACUUGAGACUCACGUUCAGGAUAUUCAGCGUGAGAAUCCAGCGCAGCUCGAACGUAUCGGGCUUUCGGCCAAGGCAGUUAAAGUCUAUUCUGGCACGGACGUGAAGGAGGAAACGAUCUCGGCAUUUGGGGCGAAGCUUGAUUUGAACUCGUUCAACAUGACGAGUCCAUUGUAUGACCGGAUCGGUCUCUACUUGCAUCCAUUCGCCGCCCUUAUCAACCACAGCUGCGACUACAACUCUGUCGUCGGGUUCGACGGCCACCAGCUGUUCGUGAAAGCUAUCCGUCCUAUCCAGAAAGACGAGCAGAUUUUCAUAUCCUACGUCGACACCACGAAUCCAUAUAAUCUCCGUCGCGCCGAGUUACGCGAGAGAUACUACUUCGACUGCCGGUGUUCGAAAUGCGAACAAGGCCCCGAUGGACCGGCCGACAAGUUCCCUAACACAUCAUCACCACCGGACCCCUCAGUCCUCGAAACAGUCGGCAAACAAGCCCAUGAGAUCCUCGAAUCCGCAUCCUCCCUAGACAUCGACCCCUUCGAAUCCAUCCCCCAGCUCGAAUCAGCCAUGCGCUCGCUCAGCCAAACGUCCCCGCCCUGGCCCAUCACCCGACAACCAUACGUCUCCCUUCGAGACCAAUUAAUCACCACCCUCCUCGCCGCGGGAUCCUUCAAUGCGGCCUUCAUCCACUGCGCUAUCCGUCACCUCCGCAUCGACCCCGUCGUGUAUCCUAACGCCUCCCACCCCCUGCGCUGUCUACAUGCCUGGACGCUCGCGAAACUAGCGAUCCAUCUCUCGCAGGGCAUGGAACCGCCAUCGUCCUCGGACGUGAUCCCACUGGACCAGUUCGGGCUAGAUUUCAGUCUGCUCAUUUGGUCCAUGCUAAGUGAUCUGGUUAACCGGGAGGCGGAGUGUUGCACGGUGCCGAGCUUCAAGAGCAUGGUGAGGGGAGCGUUUGGGGAGGUGCAUAAUGAGUUUCGGGUUAAUAGGUUGGAUCCGAGGAUGAUGGGGAUGGGGAUUAAGAGGGAGUGGGAGAAGAUGGGGAGGUUGGUGGAUGAGGCGGUUGCGAAGGAAUAA